AUGCCUUCGUCUAGGAACAUAUUCCUCCUUUUCUUUUUGGCGACUAUCACUGCUGUUAUCGCAGAAACAACUUCUUCUGACCACCCGACACCCUCUACUUCCAGCAGAAGGCUUACUGCUCGCUCGGAUACCAGCGCAGAUGCAUCAUUCGAUGGCUGCAACUAUCAGGUCGAAGGCGUGGGUGCUUUCACUUCCCACUUUGCACUGGACUUCACUACCAUGGAUGCACUCCCCGACGAGUUGAUCGCCAGUACCUAUGAAGUCGGCUCUGGACCUUACGCUCCAUACUCGCACAUCUUCAACCCUAGCAAUAUAGUACUCGGCUCUGGUCAAGCUAUGCAGAUGACUGUCCCUGGUGGCCAAACUGCAGACCCUCUGAAUACAUGUCAAUUAGUGACUAGGUAUGACGAUAUACUAUAUGCCAGUGUACGGACAGUCGCGCAAGCCAGCCCCAUCAACGGCACAGUCCACGGUACGUUCCCUGUUUAUAAUCAGCGCGAGCCUUUGCGCAUAACUGAUCCUGAACUAUACANNGGCUUCUUCAUGUACAUGAACGACACCCAAGAAACCGACAUCGAGAUCCGCACAGGCGACCCCCAAAACAUCCACUUCACAAACCAACAAACCGCACCCGGCACCGGGGAAUCCACAUUCGCAGUCCCUGCACCAUCCACUUUGACCACUGCCUUCCACGAAUACCGCUAUGACUGGUUGCCCACAGAAACAAACUUCUAUAUCGAUGGCGUGCAGGUCAUGUCGAUACGCAGAAAUGUGCCUUCGGCGGCUGGCUGGCUGAUGUGGAAUUCGUGGAGUAAUGGGUAUGUGUGGACGUAUGGGCCUCCAGUGCAAGAUAGUGUGCUUCAGAUCGCGUCUGUGGAAGCAUAUUUCAACCGCUCCAGCGUCUCGACUUUGAGUUGCCAGGUCAACACUACAGGGACGGACGUAGCAAGCAUUACUGGCGUUCAUGUCACCACAAACGCAGCAGCUGUAACCAACCUUCCAUCUACAUCUCCAUCUGCGUCCACGACGACCGAACUCCAAACCUCAUCAACAGACGACGGUACGUCCAUCCUCAGCACUCAGACGCUUCUUCCUCUUCGCAAUGCAACUCAGAGUGCAGAGGAGGCGGCUGAAUACAUCCUCUUUGGCGAAGAACAGCGCUUAUACCAACACUACUCUGCAGGCUAUGGUUACUACUGGGAUUGUCUUUAG